CCGCUGGGGCCGGCCAGGGGGCGCUGGCUGCCGGCAGCUGCGGCGGCCUCGGCCGCGGAGCCCAGCGAGCAGCGAGCCCGCCCGGCUGGCAGGCGCUGAGGGCGGGCACCGGCCUCUCCGGCGCUCGCGGGGUCUGCGGGGCCCGCCCGGCAGCGAGCGGCGGCGGCUGGAGCGCGGCCCCGGGGGAUUCCCCCCCCCGCUUCGCCAUGCAGACCCGGCGGCGCCUGCUGCCUCUCGAGUAAUUGGCAGUCACCCUCUUGGAGCUCCUGAGGGAAAUCAUACAUGUAGGGUAUAACCAAAGCAACACCUGAGUAAUACCACUGUAAGGCAGGAGACAGAAGAGUUCAGCCAACCAUCCGCAGAAGAGAUAAGAAGCUGUGAAAUGCUCAAAGAUCAAGUAGAACACACUGAUUCAGCAGAACUGGCUGGUUGUGCUGCAGUCAUCAUGAGUAGGCACAGGGUCAUUCGUUUCUUAACAUAUGUAUAAGAGGAAAAGGUUCAGACAAGAAUCUGGUGGUCUUUCUCUGACAAAUGGAGAACUAUUUCCAAGCAGAGGCAUAUAACCUCGAUAAGGUUUUAGAUGAAUUUGAGCAAAACGAAGAUGCCGCUGUUUCACCUACACUAUUGGGUGCAAAGUGGAAUCAGAUUCUAGAUCCGCCUUCUCGUCGUCUGUCAUUUAACCCGACUGUGGCCAAUGUGAAUGAAGCUACAACUCCUAAUGAACGUCAACAGAGAUUAAAGUCUUUUUCCUUGUCUCAUUUAGUGACUACACCAACAGGAGGAGGGGAUCACUGUGCUAAUGGAAAGGAUUUUAGCAUAAGCCCAGAGACCCCAGUCAUGUGGAUUGAUGAUCAGGCAGCAGCAGACGAUCAGUUGAUUAAAAGAAACAGUAAUCGGGAUGAUCAGUGUAACACUGUGGAAACAGGAGAAAAGAAAUGUGGAAAUACAGCUUGCUUGCCAGAGGAGAAAAAUGUACUAGUGGUGGCAGUCAUGCAUAACUGUGACAGAAGAACACUACAAAGUGGCGAUUUGCUGGAUUGUAAAAAUUACAACAGUCAGUCCCUAAUGGACACUAUUAGCUUUACACUGGAUAAUGAAAACCGACAGAGUGAUCAGUUUAGUGUUACUGUAAACGGAUCCACGGAAAAAGAUAUAGAUACAGAAAAGCAAGUAAAUAGGCUGUGCACUGAAGAUGACUCUAUAAGUCAUUUGAUUAAUGCUUCAUCUGAAAGCCUGACUGUUGCAUGUCCCUCCUCUCGAUUAAAGGAUGAUUUUAAUAUGAGUAAAGAUUCACUGUUUUCAGAAGCUACAACUGCAGUGACUCGCUUACAGAGACCAGUUGAUGGUACUGUUAAAAUGCAAGAAAAUUGUGUAUCAGUUGAAAAUUUUACUAGUAAAGCCAUUUCUCAGAGAACAGAUCUAGAAGCUAAAAACUCUUCUGGUUCAAGUAAUGGAAGCUUAAUUGUAGAACAGGAAACAACCCAACAGUUACAGUCUAGGCUAUCUGGGCUCACUGAAACUUGUCAACCCAAUGUGUCUGGAAGUGGCAAUUACAAGGAACAUGUUGCAGAACAUUUUGCCCCUGAGGAUGUUAGUGCCACUGAAAGCAAAGUCACUGAAUAUGAUAAAAAUCUUGGCACGACGGAAUUGCUCAGCAUGGCAGAGUGUUACCCUGAACCUCAGGAGAUGACUAAUUGGGAACUAACAAAGUUGAAUGAGACGAAUAAUAAGCAAACUCUGGGAGAGAAUGAAAGACUUUUGCAGACGAAACAGCCUGAUGAGGCAUGUAGUAAUAGUAAAGAAGGUGGAGAUGGCGUGAUGGAGGCAGGCAUAGACUUAAAAGGGACUGGUAUAGAUGAGCUUGAAGGGUCCAGUCUCUCUGAUGUGGUGGCUACAUCAGCAGCAAGCUCACUGUCUAAUGGUUGUGAUUCCUAUGGAAUGCAGAACCCAGUUGUUGCUCAUGUUCCAAAGACUUUACCCUCCAAGGAAGACUCGGUAACAGAGGAAAAGGAGAUAGAGGAGAGCAAGUCAGAAUGUUAUGCUAAUGUUUAUGAACAGAGAGGAAAUGAGACCACAGAAGGAAGCAGUCUUAUUUUAAACAGCACUGGUGACCACAUAAAGAAAAAUUAUUUACAUAAUCUUUGUAGUCAGGUUUCAUCCAUGCAAGGGCAAACUUCACCAAAACCAGUGACUAAUCUGCAAUCUAUCAGUGUUCCUUUUGGUGGUGCAAGACCUAAACAACCUACAAAUCUUAAACUGCAAAUUCCGCAGCCAUUAUCGGACCACUUACAAAAUGAUCUUGUUCCCCCAAAUUGUGGAGGUAAUAGUAAAAACAAAAAUAUCUUUGGUAAGACACAAUUAGGGAAUACGGGAGACACAUUUCCUGGUGAAACAUCUUCAAAUGCCUCUGUUACUGAUACUAAUGGGGAACAUUUGGAAGAGUAUGAAUCUGGAGUCUCCAGUAGUCCGUGCCUUGCAGUAGCCCCAGAUAGUCCAGAUAAUGAUCUCAGAGCUGGUCAGUUUGGAGCUCCAGCCAGAAAGCCUUUUACGACUUUGGGUGAGGUGGCUCCAGUUUGGGUUCCAGAUUCUCAAGCACCAAACUGUAUGAAAUGCGAGGCCAGAUUUACAUUCACCAAAAGAAGGCAUCAUUGCAGAGCUUGUGGGAAGGUUUUUUGCGCAGCAUGCUGUAGCCUGAAGUGCAAGUUGCUGUAUAUGGAUCGAAAGGAAGCUAGAGUGUGUGUAAUCUGCCAUUCAGUGCUAAUGAAUGCUCAAGCCUGGGAGAACAUGAUGAGUGCCUCAAGCCAGAGUCCUAACCCUAACAAUCCCGCUGAAUACUGUUCUACUAUCCCUCCUUUGCAGCAGGCUCAGGCCUCAGGCGCCCUGAGCUCUCCGCCUCCCACUGUCAUGGUACCUGUGGGAGUUUUAAAGCAUCCUGGAGCAGAAGUGGCUCAGCCUAGGGAACAAAGGCGUGUUUGGUUUGCUGAUGGGAUAUUACCCAAUGGAGAAGUUGCCGAUGCAGCAAAACUGACAGUGGCUGGGACAACUUCCACAGGAACCUUAGCAGUGUCGCAUGAUCCAUCAAAGCCCAUGACCAACAACACUUUAUCAGCGGAAACUGAUAAUGCUUCUGUAUUCUCGGGAAAUAUAACUCAGGUUGGCAGUCCUGUUGGCAGUGCAAUGAAUCUAAUUCCUGAAGAUGGUCUUCCUCCAAUUCUCAUCUCCACUGGAGUAAAAGGAGACUAUGCUGUAGAAGAGAGACCUUCUCAGAUCUCUGUCAUGCAGCAGCUGGAGGAUGGUGGCCCUGACCCUCUUGUGUUUGUUUUAAAUGCUAAUUUGCUGUCCAUGGUAAAAAUUGUAAAUUAUGUGAACAGGAAGUGCUGGUGUUUCACUACAAAAGGCAUGCAUGCAGUGGGGCAGUCGGAGAUCGUCAUUCUCUUGCAGUGUUUGCCUGAUGAGAAAUGUUUGCCUAAGGAUAUCUUUAACCAUUUUGUGCAACUUUACCGGGAUGCCUUAGCAGGUAACGUCGUUGGCAACCUGGGACACUCCUUCUUCAGCCAGAGCUUCCUUGGAAGCAAAGAACAUGGAGGGUUCUUGUACGUUGCAGCUACGUAUCAGUCCCUGCAAGACCUGGUGCUCCCAACCCCACCGUACUUGUUUGGCAUCCUCAUUCAGAAAUGGGAGACUCCCUGGGCUAAAGUGUUCCCCAUUCGGCUGAUGUUGAGACUGGGAGCUGAAUACAGACUUUAUCCAUGCCCACUUUUUAGUGUCAGAUUUCGUAAGCCUUUGUUUGGAGAGACUGGACACACGAUUAUGAACCUUCUUGCAGACUUCAGAAAUUACCAGUACACACUGCCUGUGGUCCAAGGUCUAGUGGUUGAUAUGGAAGUCAGAAAAACCAGCAUCAAAAUUCCUAGUAACAGAUAUAAUGAGAUGAUGAAAGCCAUGAACAAAUCCAACGAGCACGUUCUAGCGGGGGGAGCGUGCUUCAAUGAGAAAGCAGACUCGCAUCUGGUGUGUGUUCAGAAUGACGACGGGAAUUACCAGACACAGGCCAUCAGCAUCCAUAAUCAGCCGAGGAAGGUGACUGGUGCCAGCUUCUUUGUGUUCAGUGGAGCUUUAAAAUCCUCUUCAGGCUACCUUGCCAAAUCCAGUAUAGUAGAAGAUGGAGUAAUGGUCCAGAUAACUGCUGAGAACAUGGACUCUUUGAGGCAGGCCUUGAGAGAGAUGAAAGACUUCACCAUCACUUGUGGCAAAGUAGAUGCUGAAGAUCCUCAGGAACACGUUCAUAUUCAGUGGGUAGAAGAUGAUAAAAACUUUAGUAAGGGUGUUGUAAGCCCUAUUGAUGGCAAAUCAAUGGAGUCUAUAACAAGCGUGAAGAUAUUUCAUGGCUCAGAGUACAAGGCAAACGGAAAGGUCAUUCGGUGGACAGAGGUGUUUUUCCUGGAAAAUGAUGAGCAACAUAAUGGCCUGAGUGACCCAGCUGACCACAGCAGAUUGACUGAAAACGUGGCAAAGGCUUUCUGUUUAGCGCUCUGUCCUCAUCUUAAAUUGUUGAAAGAAGAUGGAAUGACUAAGCUAGGUCUGCGUGUUACACUUGACUCAGAUCAAGUUGGUUAUCAAGCUGGGAGUAAUGGACAGCCCCUGCCCUCUCAAUACAUGAAUGACCUGGACAGUGCCUUAGUUCCAGUGAUUCAUGGAGGGGCCUGUCAGUUGAGUGAGGGGCCAGUCAUAAUGGAGCUCAUCUUUUAUAUUCUGGAAAACAUCUCAUAAGAGGACUUCAUUUUCUGUUCAGACCUGUUCCAGCAGCAGUUGUAUCUGAAUCAUUUGCACUUUAAAACUGGAAAAUUAAGCUUUUGUUAACACUAUUGGGGGAGGGGGGGGGGGGAGGAGGGAGGGACAGUUGUUCCAUAAUUCUAAAUCUUCUAUGCAUUGUCAACAAACAGAGGAUCAGGGCAGCUUCUAUACUACAACAUGGCUAUGCUAUCCUUGCAGCUAAUACACUUCUGUUACUGUUUAGAAAAAUGCUCAUGUUUAAAGACUUACAGUCAUGUACUCUAAAUGCUCAAACGGGUGCAAAGAUCACUGGGGCGUAAAUAAAAAGUGAAACUCCAA